AUCACUCACCACUCUUCAUUGAUUGGUUAUUGUCUGGUUAUAGCACGGAGCCGUACCUUUCAAUGUUGUUCCUGUCCUAAGGAAAGUAACCAACACCAGGUUCGGCCAUGGAUCUCGUGCUGAACGUGGCCGACUAUUACGUCUUCACGCCGUACGUGUACCCGGCGUCUUGGUCCGAGGACGGUGCCCUGCGGCAGAUCCUAAGCCUCCUGGUGGUGACCAACCUUGGGGCGACGAUCCUCUACCUGAGUUUGGGGGCCCUCAGCUACUACUUUGUCUUUGAUCAUGACCUCAUGAAACAUCCCCACUUCUUAGAGAAUCAGGUUCGGAGGGAGAUCAAAUACGCUCUGACCUCUCUGCCGUGGAUCAGCAUUCCCACCGUGGCCUUGUUUUUUGCCGAAGUCCGAGGAUACAGCAAAGUGUACGACAAUGUCCACGACUCUCCCUUGGGUUGGACCGGGCUCUUCCUGAGUAUGAUCUCUUUCCUACUUUUCACCGACAUGUGCAUUUAUUGGAUUCACCGCUUCCUACAUCAUAAGCUUAUUUAUAAGCUCUUUCACAAGCCGCAUCACGUGUGGAAGAUCCCUACGCCAUUCGCCAGCCACGCCUUCCACCCGGUUGACGGCUUCAUGCAGGGUCUUCCGUACCACAUCUACCCGUUUCUCUUCCCGCUCCACAAGGUGCUCUACUUGGUCCUCUAUGUCUUUGUCAACAUCUGGACCAUUUCCAUCCACGAUGGCGACUACCGCGUUCCCAGCGCCAUGACGGGUGUCAUCAAUGGCUCGGCGCAUCACACCGACCACCACCUGUUCUUUGACUACAACUACGGCCAGUACUUCACGCUGUGGGACCGCCUGGGGGGCUCCUACCGAUACCCGUCGGCCCUGAUGGGCAAGGGGCCCCACGACCUGAUCCGCAGGCUCCGGGCAGAGGGAAAGUUAGACAGCGGCAAAGUCAAUGGAUACAGUGGCGCCAUGCGCAAAGAGCAGUAACGAUUGCUUUUCCAGAAGCGUCAAUCACAAAAGACAAUCGGUAAUGGUCUGGAAAUCAUGGUUAGGCUUCUUGUGUUUGCUUAAUAAGGAGUUGCUGAGAACGAUACGACCAGUUCUUACUAGCGAUGCUCCAGUACACGAGGAGGGCUAAAAGUGGAUUUUGACUUGUGUGCAGACUCUGGAUAUGCACUGUGCAAAAGUGUUAGUCCCCCACAAGCUUUGUUGUUCGAAUGAACUUUUUUUGUAGGACAAUUAGUUAUGCCAAGAUUACACCAAAAUCUGUACAUGAUCUUUGUAGCACUGCUAAAACAACUCUGAUGGUGGGCUAAGACAUGAUCACUAAUAAUAAAAACAAGCACUUAAACGCA